AUGCAAGUUCAUUUCUUGUCUUUGCCACAACUUUUUGGUGGUUCUAAACUCUAUUAUCUGGCUAUUGGUGACGAAGAUAUGUCAGAAGAUGUUCAACUGUCUGCUGAACUCGACAAAAUUGCUCUAGUGGAGAAUAAACAAAAUGAAGACAAACUUUCAUCAUAUGAACCUUUAUUAAAAGAUGACCAGAACAAUAUCACUUUUCGUCAAUAUAAUAAGGAGUCGGAUUUAAGCAGUAUUAUGAAUCUAAUCGACAAAGAUCUUUCAGAACCUUAUUCUAUAUAUACUUAUAGAUAUUUUAUCUAUAACUGGCCAAAAUUAUGUUUAUUGGCUAUUAAUGAACAUGAAAAAUGCGUUGGUACUAUUGUAUGUAAAAUGGAAGCACAAUCUCCAAACGUACAAAGCGGAUAUAUAGCUAUGCUUGCAGUAGAAGAAAAUCAUCGUAGACUUGGCAUUGGCUCACGGCUGGUAAAACUCGCCAUAGGACUCAUGAUUCAAGAUGGUUGUGAUGAGAUUGUUUUGGAAACAGAAGUGACUAACAAAGCAGCUCUUGCACUUUACGAACAGCUUGGAUUUUGUCGAGACAAAAGGCUUCUUCGUUACUACUUGAAUGGCAGAGAUGCAUUCCGACUGAAGUUGUGGUUAACGCCUCGUAUGAGCAAUGGUUUUCUGUGA